AUGAACAGCAGUUACAUAGGCAAUGUAUUAUGCCUAAUUUGGACUCUUCUGUACUUGCUGAACUUCAGGAAAUGCUUCAUGAAGUAAAUCCAUAUGUGCAUAUUUUCAAACAAGUGGUGCAGUUGUUGUGCAAAAAUCCAUCUCAAGAACUAAAAAUGGCAAUAAUUAAAGCAUGUGAUGAACAACAAUAUGCUACACCUACCGCAUCAGAAGUUGCAGUGCUAAUGGUUGGAAAUGGUGAAGAUCAAAAGCCUUUGAACCGUGAUAUAAUUCUUCACAAACAAAGUGGUGAUUUUGAUAAUUUAAACACCUCUGAAGACUAUUGUGAAGAAGAAAGUUCAAAACGUGUAACAAUGAUGCAGUACUAUGCAUAUUGGUUGCAAGUUCAUAGAUAUGGACCACUAGAAACAUUUUCUCUUCACAGAACCAGUCGUCUGUUCCAGCAGUAUAUUGUAGAUAGUUAUGCAUGCAUUGAACAAAAUCGUCUCAAUUAUUUAAAUUCAAAUCAAAAAAAAAUCAGAGCUGAACUAUAUAAUGGAUUGCAAGAUGCACUUACAACUAAUGAUAAAUUUCCACAAAAUAGGGCUCGCAUUAGUCAGAGAAUUGUUCUUCCAUCAAGUUUUGUUGGUGGACCGUGUCACAUGCAUCAACUUUACCAAGAUGCCAUGACCAUUGUUGGGCAUGCAGGUAAACCAAACCUAUUUAUUACAAUGACAUGCAAUCCAAGCUGGGAAGAAAUCCAAACAGCUUUGUUGCCUGAGCAAAGUGCACAUGACUGUCCUGACCUCUGUGCACGUGUUUUUAAUAUGAAAUUGAAUACUUUGCUAAAUGAUAUAUUAAAAAAAGGAAUUUUUG